UAUGUGCCAUUGUAAAAUAAGAACAAUAAUUUUAGGAGAGCUUAAAUAUUUUAAACUAUCAGUAAUAAACUUGCGAUCGGAGGAUUUAGUCGCUGCCGUAUAGAAGUGGACCAGUUAGCAACUGUUGCUCUAAUAUUCCACUGGAAGAUCAUGUGGCCGGAAAGUAAUGUUAAGCUGUUCUUUUUCGUUGUUUUUUUAAACACUUCCCGUAUCUGUGCUCCAAUAACAUGGCCGGUCUACAGAAGCAUGAACAUUUCUGGGGACAUCAUGCUAGGAGCUUUAUUUCCGAUUCACGAGCGAAGCAACCGCAGCCACGAGUGUGGACGAUUACAGGAAGAAGGACUACAACAAUUAGAGGCUCUUCUCUUCACUCUCAAGAAAAUCAAUGAAAAUCCAAAGCUGUUACCGGGGAUUAAGCUUGGCGUUAUCGCUCUGGACAGCUGUGACAGUACCACGUAUGCGCUAGAACAGAGCUUGGAUUUCAUUAAAGGCUUUAUAGCAAGAAGCAACAGUCAUGAACAACAAUUUAUGUGCCAAGACGGCUCGAAGCCCGAGUUCAGGGAUGGAAACUUCGAUCGUGUGGUUGGAAUAAUUGGUGGGCAGUCCAGCUCUGUGUCCAUCCAACUAGCCAACAUACUUCGUCUGUUCAAAGUUCCUCAGGUUAGUUACCAGUCGACGAGCCCUACACUGAGCAACAAAGAAAAGUACGGAUAUUUUUUUCGUACAGUGCCCUCUGAUGUCAAUCAAGCUCAUGCUAUUUUGAAGCUUUUAAAGAAGUAUAGGUGGACCUACGUCUCCAUUGUUUACUCCAACACCGACUAUGGUAACAAGGGCUAUGAAAAAUUACAAGACUUGGCACCGGCAUACAAUAUCUGUUUUUCCAAUCCUCAGAGCAUCAACAUUGACCACUUCACUGACCACGAUUACGACAUAGUUAUUCGAAAUCUCAGACAGAAAACGAACGCCAGAGUGGUCGUGGUGUUUGCCGAUAAACGUACAACAAGAAAUAUUAUGACAGCAGCUACAAGAUUAGGGAUCACCAAACGAUUCUUGUGGAUCGGGAGCGAUGGCUGGAGUGGACGAAAUAGUGUCGUCGAAAACAACGAGGAAGUUUUGGAAGGGGCCAUAACAAUUUCUCCACUGGUGCGGUCUCUAAGCGGGUUCGACCAGUACUUUACCAGCCUGACUCCAGAGAACAACAAGGACAAUCCCUGGUUUGUUGAAUUCUGGGAGGAGCACUUCCAAUGUCAAUAUCAAGCUUUGCAAGACACAAAAUGGAGUAACAAGUAUCAGCACUGGUGCUCUCGUAACAAAAGGAUAUCGCAGGAUAACGGGUACACACAAACUCCGGCUUUACACUUCGUGCGGGACGCUGCUUAUGCCUUUGCGCAUGCGCUGCACGAUAUGCACAAGGACAAAUGUGGCGGUAAAGAAGGUCUUUGUGAAUCUAUGAAACGGAUAGAAGGUGCAGUGCUGAAAAAGUAUCUUCAAUACGUAAGAUUUACAGAUGAAAAUGGGAAAACGUUCGGCUUUCUUCCGAGUGGUGAUGCUCCUCCCAGAUAUAGUAUCAUAAACUUCCAGAACAGGUCAGACAGCUACACGUGGACUAAUGUCGGGCAUUAUAUUCUAGGAGAAGAAGGGGAAGUGAGUCUCGAGUUACACGAGAAUGAACUGAGGUUUAAACAAGAAGAACCAGAGUUUCCACGCUCUUUCUGCAGUGAACCGUGUCAUCUAGGGCAAAGAAAGCUACAGAGAGAAGGCGACACCUGUUGCUGGUUGUGCACAGAUUGUGCAGAGUACCAAUACCUCAAGAAUGAAUAUACCUGUAGGGACUGUCCUUGGGGAACUUUACCUAGUGCUUCAAAAGCUUAUUGUUUGCCAAUUCCAGAAGAGUUCUUGAACUUCACCAAUCCUUGGGCGAUUGGAACAAUGGGGUUUGCUGGACUUGGUAUUCUAGCGACCAUUUUUAUGGCUUUGGUGUUCUGGGCAAAUGGAGAUACACCAAUUAUCAAAGCUGCUGGAAGGGAGCUUAGUUAUCUUUUGCUGUUUGGUAUCUUCCUUUCUUAUAGUAUGACUUUUGUUAUUGUGGCUAAACCGACACCCUUGUCUUGUGGUCUUACACGUUUCUUCUUGGGAUUUUGCUAUACACUGUGUUAUGCUUCUAUUGUUACCAAAACCAAUCGGAUUGCAAGAAUAUUUAAUCAACGUAGCCAGAGACCAUGUCAAAAGCCUCGUUAUACCAGUCCACGUUCUCAACUAGUAAUCACCACUAUCUUGGUCUCAAUAGAAGUGGUUAUUACUAUCGUCUGGUUGUUGUACGACCAACCAACAGUUAGUUACAUCUAUCCAACUCGACAGGAAAACAUUUUAAUUUGCAAUGGUUCUGACAAGGUCUCUUACCUAGUUGGCCUCAUUUAUCCAUUUAUUCUGAUUGGCUUCUGUACUGUCUAUGCCUUCAAAACAAGAAAGUGCCCAGAUGGAUUCAACGAAGCUCGCUACUUGACGUUUACAAACUACACAACUUGUGUUAUUUGGCUGGCGUUCCUUCCCUUGUUUGUUCUGAGCACCAGCACCACCAUCAGAGCAGUCACCCUCAGCUUCUUGUUCAGUUUAAGUAGUAGUGUCCAGUUGGCUUGUCUCUUUGCUCCCAAGGUUUACAUCGCCUUACUGAGACCAGAAAAGAACACCAAAGAGACCGUCAUGUCUCCCCAUAAUAAGAGCACUAGUCAUGGACAAAGUUCAUCAUGUGGACAGUUGGCGCCAACACUUCUUAUAAAUGGAGGUUAUGCUACUGGCAACAACUCUGGAUUUUAUAAUAACAAACUUUCUGUGGAAAAUACACUUCCAGUACCAGUGACUUCUUCACACCUGGUUACUACAAUGCCAAACCUGACACUUUCCACUCAAGAAGACACGCAAAAGAGUUCAGUAACAAGCAGCUCUACUGCGACAUUUUGUGGUGAUAACAAUAAUAGUAUAAUUAUUCAGAAUAAAACUUUAUAAUAUUGAGUCUUCAAACCGAAGAUAUAAAACUUGUUUUAUGGGACCAGUUACCACAAUAUAAGUUAAAAGCACAGUCUCUGUUUUGUGGUAAAAAACAAACAAAUAGCAAAACAUAUCUCUAAACGCAACAACAUUAAGAAUUUGUGUGUGUGGCCGUUUUCUUUAUAAACAUUCAUUCAGAAUCUAGUCCCUUGAACUUUGUAGUCUGUGAAAUCUGAUCGAAAUGGAGAGCUCUAUGUGUAUAUGAAGCAUGCUUAAAACCAUAUGUAUGUCCAGUUUGUAAAUAUCUAUCCUUUCUUGGUAUUAGGUAACGUUAUUUUGGCCAUGAAAUGGAUAGAAGUAUCUUAAUUGUCAUAAUGAGAAUGAUCAAAUAUUUGUUUAUAUUUGAUGUGUUUUGGUGUUGUUGUUUUUGUUUUGUUUUUUUCAAUUGGUUUUCUACCUUGAUACUUUCAUACCGGUUCUUUGUUGUUUUUUACGCUGAAGCAGUUAAAAUAUUCACCUCUAAACAUUUUCCCGAACGUUCGAUCUUUUCUUGCAUCUAAUCACAAUAUGGUCCUAUUCACGGUCAAAUUAGUGACUAUCCUGUGAGAUAAAAUUAGUAAAUAAAGUUUGUUUCUUUUACUACCGUAAUUUAAUACUGGCAACUACAACUCAUCUACAAAGAUAAUGUGGCUGUUUUAGAAACGACGAACGUUGUAUCGUAUCAACUAGAAACACAGUAAUUAUUAACUACGCUAGUACUUAAUAGUAGGGAUAGACAAGGUUUUCAAAUAAUUCACACGCCGAAAAACCAACCUAUCGAAUUCAUAAGUGCAAAUCCGACCAUUCGAAGUAUUUGUUACAUUAUAUUAUGCUCAUAUAUACUAAUAAUACGCUGAAAAGGUUGCUAACAUUUUCGGUAUAACAAUCCAAAAAUUUCUAAAACAGCAACUUUUUCGUCUACUACUUACCUACCUGAUCGCGUAAGCGGGGCUAGCCCCUAGACAGCUCGGACUAUUGCUACAAAAUUUCCCAGCUUACUUGACUGGUCUGUGGGU